AUGAAAGCUACUCCAGUCUAUGGUGGAUGGAUUCGAGCAGAUUAUGAAUUACAAAAAAUUGAUCAAGCUUGUACGAAAAUCAAUGAUAUACAAAUACAUUUAGCUACCUAUUGGUCACAAAUACCAACUGCAGCAGCAGUAGUAGCAGCAGCGGUGGCAUCGAUUAAUACUACUACUAAUAAAACAAGUUUAUGUACUAUUGAUGCUGUUGAUCUCUAUACAAUGAUACCACAACUUAAAGGCAUUUUGGCAUUAGAGAAAAUGUUAGAUCAUCUACAAUUAAAACAAGUCGGCGGAUUACAUACAGAAACCAUUAUACGAUUAGCAAAAUUUGUAAUGGAAAAUAAUUAUUUUAAAUAUAAAGAUGAAUAUUAUCAUCAAGUUCGUGGAGGAGCAAUGGGCUCUCCACUUACACUGACUAUUGCUAAUUGUUAUAUGUUCUUCUUCGAACAAUCUAUUAUUCGACAAAUCAAUAAUAGUCAUGGCUUAUAUUUUCGUUAUAUUGACGAUAUAAUCAUUAUAAUCAAUUGGCCCAAUCGACAUUUACAAAAACAAGUCGAUCGAUGGAAUACUUAUGAUGAAAAUAUACAAUUAUCUGAUACUAUUAGCAACUGUAUUAAUUUCCUCGAUCUUCAUAUUGAAAAUAAAGAUGGCCAAUUAAUUACCAAUGUGUUUACCAAACCAUCAUAUCAACCUUACUUUCUACCUUUCAACAGCAUUCACCCAUUACAUAUGAAAGCAAAUAUACCAUUUACUAUGUUACUACGUGCCAUUAGAUAUUGUUCCACAUUUCAAGCUUAUCUACAAGAACGUGAUCAUCAACGAAUGGCAUUACUUCUUAAUCAAUAUCCGAUUAACUUUAUCGAUCAACAAUUUAAUCGUGUCCUCGUAAAAUUUAAUAUUCUUCAACCAUUAACUUCAACUAAUUAUGAUACAAUUCGUUUACAAAUUAUCGAUAGUCCAAUAAAAAUUAAAGAACCAAUUAAUCAUGGUCGAACAAUGUUUGUUCACUUUACUUAUUGUUCCAGUAUGAAAUCAUUUCCUCAAAAAUUUCAUCAACUUUGGAACAAAUACUUUUCUGAAUCACCAAUCAAUGAUAUUACACCGAUGUUGGGCACUCGCAACGCUGACAAUCUACAGCAACGUCUUGUGCACACACGUGAUUCAUGA